ACUACAUUAUGAUUCAGUGCAAAGUACCAAAAGUGCUGGGGCUUCCGGGAGGGAGUGAGUGAGUGUGUGUGUGUGUCUGGUGGGGGUUGCCUUGGCUCCGCGUUGGCAUGAGGCUUAAUUGACACCUUUGAUGUAGCCUAAGACAGAGCCCGCGCCUCCCACUGCUGCUUGGAAGACGUCAGCCUUACGCAGAAAAGGCAUCUGCUGAUGAAUCCUGCAUCUCAUUCAGCCUACUCUGGGAGCAGCCUUAGCCAUCCUUAGCUAAUCCACCCGCUUCCCAUUUCCGCUCGUGCUCGGCUUAGUGCUGAGAAGCGAUUUCUCCUCUUACUGUUAGGUCAAUUCCUAAGACUGUGUCCAUGUUAGAACUCAUAGAAGUUAAUGGAACCCCUGGUAGUCAGCUCUCUACUCCACGCUCGGGCAAGUCACCAAGCCCAUCACCCACCAGCCCAGGAAGCCUGCGGAAGCAGAGGAGCUCUCAGCAUGGCGGCUCAUCUACUUCACUUGCAUCCACCAAAGUCUGCAGCUCGAUGGAUGAGAAUGAUGGCCCCGGGGAAGAAGUGUCGGACGAGGGUUUCCAGAUUCCAGCCACAAUCACAGAACGAUAUAAAGUUGGAAGGACAAUAGGAGAUGGGAAUUUUGCUGUUGUCAAAGAAUGUGUAGAAAGGUCGACUGCUAGAGAGUAUGCUCUGAAAAUUAUCAAGAAAAGCAAAUGUCGAGGCAAAGAACACAUGAUCCAGAAUGAAGUAUCGAUUUUAAGAAGAGUGAAGCAUCCCAACAUUGUUCUUCUGAUUGAGGAGAUGGAUGUACCAACUGAACUGUAUCUCGUCAUGGAAUUAGUAAAGGGCGGAGAUCUUUUUGAUGCCAUCACUUCCACUAACAAAUACACUGAGCGAGAUGCCAGCGGGAUGCUCUACAACCUGGCCAGUGCCAUCAAAUACCUGCACAGCCUGAACAUCGUCCACCGUGACAUCAAGCCAGAGAACCUGCUGGUGUAUGAGCACCAAGACGGCAGCAAAUCCCUGAAGCUGGGUGACUUUGGACUAGCAACCAUUGUCGACGGCCCGUUGUACACAGUCUGUGGCACCCCAACAUAUGUGGCUCCAGAAAUCAUCGCAGAGACUGGAUACGGCCUCAAGGUGGACAUCUGGGCAGCUGGUGUAAUCACAUACAUUCUGCUGUGCGGUUUCCCUCCAUUCCGUGGAAGUGGUGAUGACCAAGAGGUGCUUUUUGAUCAGAUUUUGAUGGGGCAAGUGGACUUUCCUUCUCCAUACUGGGAUAACGUUUCUGAUUCGGCGAAGGAGCUCAUCACCAUGAUGCUGUUGGUUGAUGUUGAUCAGCGAUUUUCAGCUGUGCAAGUCCUUGAGCAUCCCUGGGUUAAUGAUGAUGGUCUCCCAGAAAAUGAGCAUCAGCUGUCAGUAGCUGGAAAGAUCAAGAAGCAUUUCAACACUGGGCCCAAGCCGAACAGCACAGCCGCUGGAGUUUCUGUCAUAGCACUGGACCACGGGUUUACCAUCAAGAGAUCAGGGUCUUUGGACUACUACCAACAACCAGGAAUGUAUUGGAUAAGACCACCGCUCUUGAUAAGGAGAGGCAGGUUUUCCGACGAAGACGCAACCAGGAUGUGAGGAGCCGGUACAAGGCACAGCCAACUCCGCCGGAAGUCAACUCGGAAUCGGAAGACUACUCCCCAAGCUCCUCCGAGACUGUUCGCUCCCCCAACUCACCCUUUUAAUAAGACCCUUUUACUCAAAGUCCUAGCUUAACCCUUUGAGACUCUGAAGUUUUUUUUCCCCCGAUUUAUGUGAAACAGUUUCAUCUGAUCUAUCUAGCACUCAGUGCUUGAAAGGCAGAGCAGUGUGUUUUCAGGUAUCUUCCUUGCAAUUUUCCUUUACUGAAUGGCCUGGGGGGUGGGGGGGGGGGGCGGGUGUGAAGAUGGUAAUUUGCUGCUAUGAGGUCCUCAAAGGGUUAAGGUUAAUUUGCAGAUUUUUUUUUUCUAAAUAUAGAAGCAAUGAAUGUUUUCAUCCUUCAAGCUAGGAUCUGCAGUAUAUAGUAAAGUCCAUGUUAACCCUCUGAGUGCAUAGAUUUACUGAGAACCUAUAUUCAGGACUUUUUUCAGGUCUUUGGAUGUAUACACGCAUAUUUCUGGAUUUUGCUGCAGAUCAUGGGGUGUUUUUAGAUGCUGGAAUGUCCAAACAAGAAAGCCAUCUGCAUUGAUGAUCUAGCUUGUCCUCAUGGAUUUAGAGCAUGGCAGGCUUUGGGAUAACACUGCUGUCUUCUUUCACAAGCCUGUUGAGGAAGGGAUGUUUUAAUGGUUGUUAGAUGGCAUGACUUGUCACCUGCAGUGAGUCCUGCACAUUGAGUGGAGGAAAUUGAGUUUGUGGUCAACAGAGAGAGAGAUGGUGCCCCCUGUACAAAACCGUCUCCCUGUGAAGAGGUACUGAUGAUCUAGCCAUGCUGCUUCUGCAUCAGCUGCUGCUAGUGCCGGCACAG